AUGAAGAAAGUCUCAUUUUACAUCAGAUCGAAUCCAACCGACACUGACUUUUCAUCCGACAAACUCAAAAAUAUUCGAUUUUAUGCUGAAGCAACUGACCAAAAUGGUCGAAAGUACAAAGAUGCAGCACAAAAGAAGCUGAGAAUUGAGCCAAUUGGAGUUAAGCUGUACGAUAUUGAUACAGCAACUCACGUGCUUACUGGAACUAAGGAAACAACCAUUUUUGAGAAUAACAGCAACAGAUCAGACUCGAUUACUCAAUGCAUUGUUAGUGGCGAUUAUCUAAGUGACGUGAUCAAUUUGGAAUCAAAGUUUGAUCUUUGUCCAGGCGACUGUCUUGAGCAGAAAACAUCAAAAUUAAAAGGAAAUGUUCAAGUUUAUAAGUUUUUUGUGACUCGAAAAAGACCCCAAAAAGUCAGUUACUUCAGCAAGCAGUAUCAAGAGGUUCUAGCUGAACGUCAGCACCAUUGGAAUCAUGGAUCAUCAUCAGGCUACACAGCGUACUUAGUUGAUGCUCUUGUGUCAGCCAUGGAACUUAAGCUGAUACCUGUUGAUAAAUCUGCAAUAGAAAAGGAAUUGGAUGCUCUAGAAGCUGCACAAAUGGAAACUGGACAAUUUAAGGAUUUCGGAGCUGUGCCUAAUCUAGACAGACAGGAUAGAGGAAAUACUCCAGAGUACUUCGAGACUGCAUACAUCCUUGUGUCAUUCCUUAAAGCUAAGGAUCAAGUAGGCAAAGUCUACAGUGAUGUCAUCGAUAAAGCAUUCAGCUACCUUGAUAAUGAUCAAAACAAGCAUACUGUAGACAAUGAAGGUCUAUCCAUAGCUGCAUACGCCAAUGCUCUUGAAGGUUCUUAUGAAAGAAAGUUGAUGGCUAUGGACUUCCUAGACACAAUCGAGAAAUCAUUAAUCGACUACAAAAGCAACCAAAAAUGCUUCAAAAUCAAGCCACAAGAUGACAAAUGUAGCUUACGACAUACAGCAUAUGCAGCACUUGUCUACCUUAAACUUAAUGAAAUCCACAAAGCAAUGCCAUUGAUCUACUGGCUCCUCAAAUCCUACAACUUCCAAACAUACAGUGGAUAUACUUACAAUGUCGCAAUCAUGACGGAACCAAUUGCUGAGGCUGCAAUUUAUCUCCAAACUGACUUGACUGACUUUGAAGUUUUGCUGAGCGAUGAAUUAAAUUUUGAGAAAUCUUUGAGGAUCAGGAAGGAAAAUUCAACGGAAGCUCACAAAGUUGAAUUUCCAAGUUACUCAAAAGUAUUUAAAUCUACAGCUUCUGGACAUGGCUACUGCUCAAUUACUAAAAUUACUGAAAAGAUUUACUCGCAGUCAAAGUCAUCAUCAGCUUUUGAAGUUAUUGCAACUGUCCACAAUAAUGCUACGAACUUGAAGUCAAAAGAAAAAGUCGUUAGGAUUUGUGCUGAAUUUGAUGCUUCCGAUUCUGAUUUUUUUACGCUUAGUAAUGUGAUUUAUGAAGUUGAGAUGCCAAGUGGAUAUAUUUAUAUGGGAAUAUUAAAUGAGGAACGGAUGUUAAAGGAUAUAAAGCUUAUUGAAGAGAAGAAGUCAAAGACGCUCGUCAUCAUCCACUACAACAACUUUAUGAGCUCAAGACAAUAUUGUGUUGAUAUUAAAGCUAUGAAGCUGUUUGACGUCAAAGAUCCGCACAGUGCAAGCAUCAAGGUUUAUGAUUUCAUGGAUAAAUCAAACAUUGCAAUCGAAUUUUAUAGCUUCAAGUCUAAACCUUUAUGUUAA